AUGGUUGUUCUCUCUCCUUCUCUCUCUCUCUUCACAUCCAACCAGCUUGUUCCUUCAAAACUCUUUUUCAGAGAGCAGGCUAGAACUGUGAUGCAGCAGAGCAAAUGGCAGCCAUGUUCAAGUGCCAUCUCAAAACCCACUUUGCAAAGUGGGUUUUGCAGAAGGGAGUUGUUGCUCUUUGGCCUUUCUGCUCCAGUGCUUGUAGUGUUCCCAUCUUCAGGGUCCCUUGCAGAGGAAGACUUGAAAAUGGCUACAUUUGUUGACGAAAUAAAUUCCUGUUCUUAUCUAUACCCAGUGGAGUUGCCAUCUAAGAAGGUCAUUUUCAAAUGGGUGGAGUCAAGAAAGCCAGAACGCUAUUCAUCAGCUGCACCAUUAUCUCCUGAUGCACGGCUUCGCAUUGUUUCUGAGCGUGUUGACAUUGUUGAUAAUCUCAUCAUUUCUAUUUCGAUAGGUCCUCCGAAUUCAAAGAUUAUAAAAUCACCAGACAAGAGUACAUGGACUGCAAAAGAUGUUGCUGAUUCUGUUUUGGCUGACAAGUCUGCAUUGCGGGUCACCUCAAGUCAGCGCAUGGCGGAGAGUUCAGUUCUUGAUGCACAUUCCGGUGAAAUUGCUGGUGAGCCAUACUGGUAUUAUGAGUACCUUGUUCGCAAAGCACCCACGAAAACUGCUGAAGAAUCUAACAAUUAUAGGCACUAUGUAGCUUCAACAACCGAAAGAGAUGGUUACUUGUACUCUAUAAAUGCUUCAACUCUCAACAAGCAGUGGAAUAUAGUUGGGCCUAUCUUGCAAAAAACUAUAGCUUCUUUUCACCUCCUCCCUCCCACAGAAAACUAUGUUCCUCCAUACAAGGAUCCAUGGAGAUUUUGGUGA